GGGAAUACUUGGUUCCGGUGGUAGCCACACCGUCAAUUGCCGUGAAGAUAAGCGAUUACAAAGUACAUAAGCCAAGCCUGGCUGCAGUGAUUGUUUCUGGAAUUUUGGCUCAACCAUUUACGCUCACCUCCUACUCUACACAACAUUAUCUUACUUGAAUUAUAAGACUCUUCAUCUUAUACACUAUCAUUAGACUCAGACUCAUAUAAUCACUCGGAAACAAGCAAACAUGUACUCCAAAUUCUGGCCCAAGGGCGGCCUCCCGGGAAUUCUGCACCACUUCACAGAAACCCUCGUAACCUUCGAAUACACAACCACUACCCCCUCUCUCUCCCAACCUCACACCCUGCUCUUCGUCGGCGGCCUCGGCGAUGGCCUCGCCACAACAUCCUACAUGGCAGACCUAGCCCGUGCCCUCCACUCCACCCCCUGGUCCCUCUUCACCCUGAACCUUACCUCCUCCUACCAAUCCUGGGGCCUGGGACAUCUGGACCGCGAUACCGACGAAAUUGCCCAAUGCAUCCGCUACAUCAAAGACUACAAAGCGGAUAAAUACGGUUCUGCCUCUGCAGCUGGCAGCAAGAUCGUCUUGAUGGGACACUCCACUGGCAGCCAAUGUGUCAUGCAUUACCUAACGCGGCCAAACCCGCAUACCACAAAACCGCCCUUUGAUAAAUACUUAGAGCAUGUGGAGCGAUUGCCGCUGGAUGGUGCUAUAAUGCAAGCACCUGUGUCGGAUCGCGAGGCGAUAUUGUGGGUCUUAGAGAAUGGAUUUGGAGGCAGAUCUUCUGCGGAGUGUAAAGCUGUUUAUGAAAAGCUAGUGGGCAUGGCAAGAGAGGCAGAGGAGAAGAGAAUCAGGGAGGGUGGCGAAUUCGAUGUGAUUCUGCCGAUUGAGUUGACUAGUUUUGCUUAUCCGGCUAAUACACCGUUGUCGGCGAGGCGGUUGUUGAGUUUAGUGAGUCCAGAUGCUCCGGGUAACCCUGGGGAGGACGAUAUGUUCAGUUCGGACUUGGGGCCGGAGCAGUUGGAGAAGACCUUCGGAAAGGUGAAGAGCGGAGGCUUGUUGGCAGGAAAGGCGAAGUUGAUGGUGCUAUACUCGGGUAAGGAUCAGAGUGUCCCUGACUGGGUGGAUAAGGAGGCACUGUUGAGGAAAUGGCGGGGGAUUGCAAACGCUGGAUGUGCAAAGGGCGAAGAGGUCUGGGAUGAUGAACAUACUGCAGUCAUUCCGGGCGCGUCGCAUGCCCUCAGUAAUGAUGAUCAGGCGGAGCCAAGACGGUUCCUUGUGGACAAGGUCAUGGGGUAUCUGAAGACUGUGGUUAACGUUGGUACGCCUGAUGAGCCUUGUGCUUUGUCGGAGAAACAGCAGAUCCACGAGACAUGGAAUGCUGCCAGUCAGCUUGAGACUGGGUCUAGAUAUUCUACGCAAGACUCGACGGGCCUGCGGGCACGACGGGACUGGGUGAAAUAUGGCCUGGUAGCAACAGUCUUGGUGCUUGCCUCACCUUAUGUCUAUCCACACUGCGGGGGCAAUUAAUGUGAUGAUGGUUUGAGUAGGUUAUGGACAGGACCCCCUCCUUUACGGUGAACGACUAUGUUUAUGCAUGUAUGAUGUUGGAUAGCAAUGCAGAUAUCAAGAUACAAUUCAAGUGCUCGCGCAGACACUGCGGGA